AUGAGUAAACUUUCUUGGCACGCCACAGCUUCACUUUUAGAAGACGUUGAUUGGCCAUUUUAUGUUGUAGUAACUUAUGGACAUGGGUAUCAAUAUUUUAGUGGUAUAUUAAGAACAUUUGAUAAAUAUGGUUUGUUAUUUGAAUUUAUGAUAAAUGGAUUAACAUAUGAUAGGAAAUAUUUCAUUAUCUGA